AUCAAGAUCAUACACUUCAAUGACGUUUAUGAGAUUGAACCCAAGGCAAGAGAUCCUGUGGGAGGAGUUGCAAGAUUCAUCAAUCGCAUCAGAAACCGUCUAACUGAACUGCUGCAGUCCUACCCCGACAGUCUCGUGCUCUUCAGUGGCGACGCCCUGGCCCCGUCGCUAAUGAGCACCAUUACUAAGGGAGAGCACAUGGUCAAGUUCCUCAACAUGAUGAACAUCCGCGUCGCCUGCAUCGGGAACCAUGAGUUCGACUUCGGGGUAGAGCAUCUCACCAGGAGCUGCAUUGACGAGACCAACUUUCCCUGGCUCAUCUCCAACGCCUGGGACGCGAGGACGGGGGAGAGGCUGGCGGGAGGGAAGGAGACGGCGAUGGUCGAGCAUGGAGGAUGGAGGAUCGGAGUGAUGGGGCUGAUUGAGGAGGAAUGGCUGGCGACGCUGGCGACGCUGGAUCAGGACGAGGUGAUCUACAGGGACUAUGUGGAGGUCGGGAGGGAGCUGGAGCAGAAGCUGAGGAGGGAGGGAGCUGACGUCGUCAUCGCCCUGACUCACAUGAGGAGGCCCAACGACAGGAGGCUGGCGGCAGAGGUGCCGGAGCUGGACUUGAUCCUUGGAGGACACGAUCACGAGGUGGUGAGAGAGGAGGUGGGAGGAGUGGAGAUCAUCAAGUCGGGGACGGACUUCAGAUACUUCUCAAGGAUAGAGAUGAGGGGCAUCGGGGAGGGGAAGCCGAAGAUCGAGUGCGUGGUGGAGGAGGUGAAGGAGGAGGACGAGAGCGACGAGGAGGCGAGCAAGUUGGUGGAGAUGUACAAAGAGGAGCUCGCCAAGUCGAUGGACAAGAUUCUUGGGGAGCUCGGGUGCUCCAUCGACGCAACCUUUGCUCACAUCCGAACAAGGGAAACCAACGCUGGCAACUGGAUCGCAGAUUGUGUACGUGAUGGGAUAGAGAACAACGGCAUCCAUGUCGACGUCGUCCUGAUCAACUCAGGAACUUUGCGGGCUGACGAUAUCUUUCCUCCUGGCCCUUUCCUGAUGAAGGACCUUGUAACGCUUCUCCCGAUGCUCGACGAGCUCUGCGUCAUUCAGUUGACGGGAGCGCAGCUGCUGGAAGCGCUUGAGAAUGGUGUUUGUAUGUAUCCAAAAUUGGAAGGAAGAUUUCCGUGUGUGUCUGGAGUUCGUUUUGAGUUCGACCCCGACAUGCCUGCUGGAAGAAGAAUUAUA